UUAGCUUGCUGUAGUGUCAAGGUUACUUUGGUCACAAGGUAAUUUAUAUUUACAAGUUAGCAAUCUGACGUUAUAACCAUUACUAAAAAGAACUCUCGAAGCAAAUCAUAUAUUUACAAAUGUUUGUAACACAAUGAACCAGCUUCAGAUGCGCUUCAUCCUCAAGUGUUGAUGAUCAUUCUCGAUUAUUACCGUCUUGUGUGAAAGUUAAGAGGUUAGAGGUCUUUACAGUCUCCAGCGCCAACACGUGUGUGAUGAGAUUACACAAAUAUACUUAGACAUGGCUGCUAUUUACUCUGGCAUCCAUCUGAAACUGAAAAACCCUCGCACACCCUGGCCAGACAAACUAAAACUUGCUCGAUUUGCAUGGAUAUCAACACAGUGUCUUCUUCCUAAUAAAGAGCAGGUUCUGUUUGACUGGGCAAGUCAUGCCCUCACUUGUUUUUACAAUAAGAAGGUGGAUGUACCCUCAGAGGUAGUGGAGGGAUUAUGGACCUACCUAGAUGAUAUCCUUCACAGCAGGAAGCUUCAUAAUGUGCUGAGUGAAGGAAAAACCAUUAGCCUUCGUCUCACACUAGCACAGAUUAUCAAUGACAGGAUUUUGGACUGUUCUUCGCAACUCGAUUCUGUCAGUUUCCACACCAUUCUGAGCUGUUGUCAUGGCAUCUUGACCUCCCCGGUACUUUCUGUGACCUACACUGCUAAGUAUGAAUUGUUAGUGGAGCUCUUGAAUCGACUCUGUGGCUUGUCCAGCAUGCAGCUCAGGCAGCAGAAAGAUGAGGAGCCUCUCUCUCUCAAGGUCUUUGAGGUUCUCCUUCUUGUUCUCAGCACCUAUCUAACAGUGCAGAAACAGCAGGCAAACUCCAACCGAGUGUUUUCCCAGGUAACGGCACACCUUCUUCAUCCGCUUCUCCUGCUCAGACACCUACUGAGCACUAGAGUAUGGACUGAGAAGGAUGAUGUAAAGAUUCGUCAGAAUCUAAGCAAGGAAAUCCGGAGCAAAGUGGACGUGGUUCUUCAAUCAGCGCUCUUCAUCCCUGAUCAUUUGCUGUCCUAUAAGGAAGAGGUUUUACCAUUGGAGGAUAAAGCUGGGGGCAAAAAGAGCCAUGCGGGAAAGGGCUUGCAAGGCCCUGUCAAUGUGAUUCUUUCGAAACUUAGCGUCCAAGGAGCUAACGAAGAGGAAGAGGCUUUAUUUUACACCGUUAAGUCAAACUCUCUGCCCCUGCUAUUUAAAUUUGCCUCAGAUACGUUUUGUAAAGGGGGAGAAAACAAGCAAGUAAUCUUCCACCUUAUGACUAAACUCAUGACUGCUUUGGGAUUCACAGAUGAGCUUGAUAUUGAUGAAAAAUUUAGUGCAUCGAACUGGGGUAUUGCUUUAUUAGCUCUGGAGAACCUCCUGAACUCCUGUUUGGCUGGCGAUAUCUAUAAUGUGGCUGCAGACAGAAUACAACACAAAGAGGUGCAAUUGAAUUUCUACAGGAAACUGGCUCGCCUGUUAUUUAACAAUACACAGAUGGGCAUCCCAGCUUGGUACCGCUGUCUCAGAGCUCUGCUCGCACUGAAUCACCAUAUCCUGGAGCCAGAUUUAGAUGAGCUCCUUUCAGCUGUGUGGGUUGAUGCAGACAACAUGGAAGUACGUGUUAGGAAAGCCAGAGAAGCACUCGUGUCUGCCGUCUUGCAAACUUAUGCCAAACUCCGACAGCUGCCUAAACUUAUAGAAGAGCUGCUUGAUGUAGUGUGUCGGCCUGCAGCGGAUGAACUGAGACCACCGUUGUUGCCCGAAACGAUACAAAAUACCUUGAGUCAGUGUUUGCUUGACAAUCCUCCGAGCCAAAAUCUUGAGAUCUGUUGGCUCAUUUUAAAAAAGAUGCAGUGCUGUCUUCUCCCUUACAUCCGAGAUGAAGCAUCGGAUUUGGCAUUGAAAGUGUUUUCUUUGAGUUUGCUCCUCUACGCUGUACUCUUCAGUUUCAAAACCCUGGAUAACAGCACCCCGGUGCCAAUCGUGAAGAAAACUCAGAGUUUCAUGAUGGAGAUGUUGAAGGUCGUUGAAGACCUUUUGAAGCAGAAGCUUGUCACCGAAGGCCCUUGGAUGGAGAAGGUCCAAGAGGUGACUCUUCUGCUUACUCAUACUUGGGUUGAGGUGGAUACACUCUUCCAGAUUCACUGUUCUAAAUACACAUCUCUGGCCGCCUCACAGAGUGGCACCUUAGUAGACAAAGCCCUGACAUUAAGGCACAUAGACAGUCCACUUGGUAAAUUAUUACAGAAUCUCCUUGCGCUCCACAAGCUGAAGAUACACAUGCUCAAACCAUUGACUGAAACAUCAGAAGCAUCAAAAAUGGCUCGGUUUAUUCUAAACAGGCAAGAACUAUCAUCAAUGAUGCUUGAUGCCAACCAGAGCUGGGACUUUCAGUUUUGCACUGUUAAUGCCAACAGUUGUAUAGCUGCCAAUUGGUUUCUUGUUACCUCCAACCUUCCAUUAAUUGCUCCUUACCUCAAACCAAAUGACACAUCUGUUUUUGCAGAAUGCAUAUUGAAGUCUUUGCUUCAGAGUUUGGAUGCCUCUGGAAGCAAUUUGGAGAACACUGGCAUCUCUGUCUCCUUAAUAUCCAGGCAAUUACUCGAGAGUCCUGUACUUUGUGAGUUCCCUGGGAUUUUCUCUGCAGUGAUAAAGUGCAUCAUCAAGGCAUUUCUUGGACAGCUUGGCUCAUCACAUGUUCGGUUAAUCAGUCCUUCGUUUUUGAAGCCUCGAGUUGAAGAUGAAGACACAAACAUGAAGAGACUGAAAGCCAUUGGACAGGAGAUGUCAGACUCUGUCAAAAUGAAAACCUCUGUGUCUCUAUCUAAAACUCAGGUAGAUGAAUUACAGCAGCUGCUCAAAGUCACAAGUAUGCUGAAUGGAAAUGCAAUGUCUCCUGAAGACUUCUCAGAACUUUUUCUGACUUUGUUCACACUGACUUCUUGCAUUCAGUGUGAUCUCUCUGCAUCUGUUGGAUUGCUCAAAGAGCUUUUUAGCAUUAUGGCUUCACUCCUGGUGGUUAAAAACUCUCAAAUGAUCCUGAAAGUUGUUCAUGGAAGUAAUCUGUUAGAGGCAACUAUGACAUCCCUCUUUUCUCGGAGCAGCAAGGGGCUCUUCAAGGGUCUGGAUGGCCAGAUCUGGUUGUCUUUCCUUCAGUCAGUCCAAGACUUCAUUCUCUCCCUAAUUCAGCUCAUAAUCGACCGGAAAAGCAGCAUGUGUCUCAAUCUGGAGAAGUUUACCUCCUUCAUUGUUGAAAGUAACCUCACCGCAGGAAUUCUAGAUGCGGGGGAUCUCUGCUCGCUACAGCUCCAUCUGGUAACUUUAAGCAUGCUUUGCAAAGAAAUGAUCACAAGCCUUGACAAGAAUAAACAACUGGAUCAGACUCUGACUCAUUUGUUAGAGAAGACCACUACUGUCAUGGAGCCAGCCAUACAGGCCAUGCUAAUGCACAAGGGAAGUAGACAGAGCCAGUCCUUUUCAAUUGAAAUGGUAACAGUCAUGAUCAGGAGUGAACUAGCAAGAGCCUCAAUCUCUGAGGACGACAGCCCGGUGAAAAUAUCCCACAUGGCUUUCUACCGGAGCUUUUGCAAGCAGAUCUUAAAGGAACUCAGCCCAGCACCUCGGCCUAUGGACUUCCUCGUUUCAUCAGUUAACUACCUCUCUGCGUUCUACAUGGCAGCUGAAAAGACCAAAGCGAGAGAUCUUGAAGAACUCCAUAUUAAGAUUUUGCAGAAUAUCCAUGCGCUGCUGUCAGGAACAUGGUUGUCAUUAUCAGACGUGAAGGAGCUGGAGGGGCCAGUAAAGGUGCUGCUAAAUCAGCUGGUGUCCAGCUGUUCUCAGGAGCAGUUCCAUCUAUUAUUGCUGAUGCUCAGAGAGGGGCUUUUACCAGCAAAGAUUGAAGGAGGCCACUUCACUGAGGUUCUGUCCACUGUAACUUUUAUAAAGCUGCUCGCCUGUUGUCUGUUUCCAGAGCAUUGCUCAAAGGCUUUUUGGCUCAUCACUCCACAAAUCAUGUCUACUCUCAUUUUUGUUAUAAAGGAGUCCAGCAAGAUGCCUUCUCUGACCCGUGCACUGACGUUACCAGCUCUCGAGACUUUGACUGUCCUGCUCCAGCAGGGUAAAGCAAUGAUCUCCAACCCACACCAUGUCAUUGUGGUUUUGGGCGCACUGCAGUUUGUGCCUCUUGACAGUCAUUCCGUGGAGGACUACCAUGCUGCUUUUGAGGCCAUCCAUGAAGCUCUGUUUGUAAUUAUCCACUGCUACCCUCAGGUUAUGCUGAAGGCUUCUCCCACCUUCCUGAAUUGCUUUUAUCGCUUGGUUUCAUCAGUCAUGCAUGAAGGCAGACAGCGGGGUGACUCUGACAGAGCUUCUGAGAAGGACAAAGAGAGUUUUCUGAAGUGUGCCAUGCUGGUGGAGAGGAUGUACACUCAUAUUGCCAAUGCUGCUGAAGAUUUCACAGUCCUGUCCUCAUUCAUUGUUGCACAAUAUGUCAGUGAACUGCAGAAGGUGACGCUUCAACCAGAAAUUAAAGCACAUCUAACAGAGGGCAUAUACUGUAUUAUGGACCACUGUGUUGAACAAGACAUUAAGUUUCUGAACACCACUCUUCAAAUGGGUGUGAAGGAAGUGUUCAGUGACCUGUAUAAUAGUUACACACACUAUCACAAAUCUCAAAGGCAAGGGGAAGAAAAGUACACCGUCUAAAAAAGGCAUCCUCUACCUUCAAAAAUACGUCUGUAAUUUCUAAUGUUUACUUCUAAUUAAUCUGUUAUAAAAAUAAAUGUUUUUCAGUGUUGUAUGAUAGUGUACCCAAAAGUGAAAAUUGUCAUUAUUUACCCUCAUGCUGUUCCAAAUGUGUAUGACUUUGUUCUGUGAACAAUAGAAGAUAUUUAGAUAUAUUUUUGUCCAUACAAUAGAAAUCAGUAGGUGUUCUGCAGAAAAUAAAGUCGUACAGGUAUGAAACAGCAUGAGGAUCAGUUAAUGAUGACUAUUUUGGGUUUUACUUUAAAUAAGAAAAAAAAAAAUCUUUGUUGUGACCAUUUAUUUUGUACAUCCUUACUUUUUGUAAUUGACAAACAGUUUUUUUUUCUAAGGAGAACAGUACAUUUUUGUUCUCAGACAAACCCUAUUAAAUAAAAGACUAAAGUUAA